AUGGCUUCAGACAAUGGCCUCACUUUGACCGUCGUGGGAUGUGGUACCAUGGGUAUUGCUAUCCUCGGCGGCAUCAUGGACUCACUCAACACAUCCUCGCAAUCCUCUGAACAAGAACAGAGUCUACCACCCCGUCUACCCAACCGAUUCAAUGCCACAUGCCGCAGCGAUCGCAGUGCCUCGCGCAUCAAGAACGAGCUAGGAAAAUACAAUGCCAACCUCAAUGUCAUCCAGUCAGACAAUGUCCGCGCAAUGAAAGAAGCAGAUGUCGUCCUACUGGCCUGCAAACCCUUCUACGUCAAGGACGUCCUCCAAGCCGAGGGUGUGCGUGAAGCUCUAGAGGGUAAACUGCUCAUCAGCAUUCUGGCCGGUGUACCUGAAGCCCAACUCGAAGAUUUGCUAUACCCUGGCUUGUCGCACGAGCAAGUUAGAGAAAAGAUCACAAUCGUGCGCACCAUGCCCAACACAGCAUCAAAGGUGCGCGAGAGCAUGACCGUCAUCAACCAAUCCACACCUCCACUCCCUCAAGACACUAAAAACCUGGUCCACUGGAUGAUGUCGCGCAUCGGCAAGGUCGUCGAGAUUGAGCCCAAGAACAUGGACGCCUGUACCGCUCUCUGUGGCUCUGGACCCGCAUUUGCUGCUUUGAUCAUGGAGGCACUCGCAGAUGGCGGUGUUGCCAUGGGUAUCCCCAGAGCAGAGGCAAACCUUAUGGCUGCCCAGGUCAUGAGAGGAACUACUGGUUUGGUGCAAGACGGCGAGCAUCCUGCUAUCUUGAGAGAGAAGGUGUCGACGCCUGGUGGUUGCACUAUUGGCGGUCUUCUUGCGCUCGAGGAUGGAGCUGUGAGGAGUCAUGUUUCGAGGGCUGUUAGGGAGGCUACUGUUGUUGCUAGUCUGCUUGGCAGUGGAGCGAAGAAUGUCAAUGGAACCAGGCAUUGA